AUGGCGCAGCUGGUCUGCGGCAGCGAGCAGAUCGCCGAGUGCUGGGAGGAAAGGGAGCAGGAGUUCCCGGGGAUGGCCAACCUCUUUGAUGGCCACGCGGGCUUCUCGGACCAGGCGGCGGACGUGGAGGGCGCCAAGGCAGUCGGCACCCGCCGCUUCUUCGGCGCGCCCCACGUACAAGAUACCUUCGAGCUGGAGAAGAUCAUCUGCGGAAGCAACAAGAUGUCGGAGCACAAGGACCAGCACGAGCAACGGCAACGCGACCUCUCCGAGAUGUUCGAAGGCUUGGCGGGCUACAGCGCGCAGGCGGAGGACGAGGGCGACGGCCGCAGCCGCAGCAAGCGGAACUUUUGGGGCGCUCCGCACGUGCAGGACACUCCGCUUGCCGGGGUUCUUUGCGGCAGCGACAAGAUGGAGGACUGUUUCAGCAGAAGCACCAAGACAAGCACUGUGUGCACGAGCACAUCUUCCGGGGCUGUGCCGGCCUGA